AUGGAUUCUGGUAAAUCAGAGCCACAAGGUAAUUCCCCUCGAGGUGGACCCAUUAACCCAGAGCACAGCAAUAAUUUUCCUUGUUCUUCUGUACCUCUGGAGAAAGGUGAGAUACCAGUUAUGGAUGAUGACCUGCGGGCUCUGGUUGAAGAAAAUGCUUUUCAGGCUUUGACUGGAGGGCCUUUGGCAAAAAGAACAUGUUUUACAUUUUCCAAUGAAAAUUUGAUAAUGGAAGAUGAUGAUUUUUUCUCCUUCACCUUUCCUAGAAAGCUUUGGACAAUAGUUGAAAGCGAUCAAUUUAAAUCAAUUGGGUGGAAUGAAGAUGGAACUUGCAUAGUAAUCAAUGAAGAGCAGUUUAAAGAAGAGAUUUUAAAAAAGAAAGGCCCUAUUAGGAUAUUUGAAACUGAUUGUAUGAAGAGCUUCAUCCGCCAGCUUAAUCUCUAUGGCUUCAGCAAGCUUCGACAAGCCUUGGAAAGAUCUGCCUCCCUUGAUGAUGUUUUGGUGAAAGAAAAAGAAACUUUUCCGGUAAGUAAGCUACAGUUGUACCGUAAUCCCAAUUUUAAAAGAGGCUACCCUCACCUGGUCUCAAGAUUGAAGAGAAGAGUGGGUAUGAAAAAUACAGCAAAUUAUCCUUUCUUGCCAAGUCAAAAUCUUAGCAAGAAUUUCUUAAAAGGGGUUCACUGUAAGCUAGAAGACCAGAAAUUUGAUCCGAUUGGCAAGUCUACUAAGAAACGUCCUUCUUCUUCUUCUUCUUCUUCUUCUUCUUCUUCUUCUUCUUCUUCUUCUUCUUCUUCUUCUUCUUCUUCUCCUCCUCCUUCUUCUUCUUCUUUUUCUUCUUCUUCUUCUGCUGCUGCUGCUGCUUCUGUUAUCCCUGUUUCUGUCUUUUCUUCUGCUUCUCCUUCUUCUGCUUCUUCUCCUUUUCCUUCAACUUCAAGAGAGAAGGGGCCAGAAAGUGUGGAGAGCACAUACGUCAGUGCUUCCAGAGGUGGCUUCUCUGCUCCACCACACUUGGCAGGAGAGGCUCUUCAUGCUAGGCUGAACCAGUUCACUCCUUUCCACCUGUCUCAUCUGGCAGGCCAUCCUCAAAUGAAUAUGAAUGAUAUCGAUGGAGCUGCAGCACCUGCAUCUCUCUAUCAUGCUAUCCAGAAUGGUUCGUUUAGAUCUGUGGUGUACCCGACAGUGUACUCCGAGUUGACAGCCAUACAGGCCCAUUUGGCCACCCUUCUGCCCUUUUGUGGCCCAUGCUACCAAGUGCCCAUGGUGGUCGCUGCCUCUGCCACCUCAACGUCCAUGACUCCUGAAGAGCAACAAUCCUCUCAGUACCAACAUUGUCCGGGCUGCAGAUGCAGCUCUUCAAACAAUGUCCAAUCUUCCAAAGGCGAUCCAAGGUGUGACUAA